CAGGCCUGGAGUCGUACGUCGUGGCGUUUGAUCAAUACGGGAUACGAGCUAAGGGAUAGAAGGCAGCCAGUUAAGCUACUGUUCGGACGCAUUUCUCCCGUCGUAAAAUUUUUUGGGAAAAAAUUUCAAUUUCAAUUUAUUUUUUAAGGACGUGCUAAAAAUCUGUACAAAAGCCCAAGUGCUGUCGAAAGUCUAUUUUCGGAUCUGCCAUCGAAAACCUUUAACUUUGCGUUGUGUUUUAUAAAUUUAUGUUUACUUGACUUUUGCUCCAACCUACUUCAAAAUGACUUCGAUUGAAUCGAAACGCGUGCAAUACCGCAAGUAUCUGGAACGGGCAGGGGUUAUUGAUGCUCUCAGCAAGGCUUUGAUCAAGUUGUACGAGGAGCAGAACAAGCCGGAGGAUGCCAUCCGUUUCGUCCGCAAAUUCAUGUGCGAGAGCUGUCCGGAUGAUGCUCAGUAUGACAUCAUGAAGAACGAUCUGGAGGAGGCCAAGACACACAUCUCAAAGCUGGAGCAGGAACUCGAGCGUCUGCGCGGCCAAAUCAAAAAGUCGCCGGAGGAGUACCAGGAGCUCACCAUUGCCGGCUACAAAUCGCUCAUGGAUGAUGAGGAGAACAUCAGUUCCCUGCUCCGCAAGUACCUCUCGCCAGAGCUCUUGGAGGAGUACAUGCUCGUCACCACACCGGCGCCUGUGGACGCCUAUCUAUAUGAUUGUGCCGUGUCUGGAUUCGAGCACCACGAAGCACCCGUGGGAAUUUUUGCGGCCGAUGCCGACAGCUACGAUGUCUUCAACAAGGUCUUCGAUCCGAUUAUCAAGGACUACCAUAACCAGAUGGACAACGAGAACGACGUGCUCCAGAAGGAUGCCGACUUCGGCAACGUGGAUGAGAUUGAGAACCUUGAUCCGGAGCGCAAGUACAUUAUGUCGGCUCGCAUCCGUCUGGCCAGGAACAUCGAAGGUCUGCCCUUCUUCCCGAAACUCACCGAGAAGCAGUUCAUCGAGGUGGAGGAGAAGGUGCGUGCGGCCACCGAGACAAUGGAUGGAGAGCUGAUUGGUUCGUACCUGACCAUGGCGGAUAUCGAUGCUGAGACCCAGGCGGAGAUGGUUAAGCGCCACAUACUCUUCCAGCGCGGCGACGAGCAGAUGACCACCGCCGGUUGCUUCCGCUUCUGGCCGACUGGACGUGGUGUAUACCACAAUCCCGCCGAGACGUUCUUCAUCUGGGUGAACCGCUCGGACCACGUGCGCAUCAUGUCGAUGGCACUGUGCGGUGACCUCGGCGAUGUCUACAAUCGCCUGGUGAACGGACUGGCCGAGCUUGAGAAGACAUUGACCUUUGCGCGUCAUCCGCGUUACGGCAACCUUACCGCGUGCCCCACUAACUUGGGCACCACCCUUCGCGCCUCGGUCCAUAUUCGUUUGCCCUUGCUAAGCAAGGACCCGGACCGUUUGUUCGCUUUGGCCGAGGAGCUUCAGUUGCAUAUACGCGGUACUGAGAGCGAAACAGCCCAGAUCGAGGACGGCAUUAUGGAUAUAUCGAACAAACGCCGCCUGGGCUUCACAGAGUUUGAGUUGGUGAAGACCCUUCAGGACGGCGUUGUGGCUUUGAUCAAUGCCGAGGAGGAGCUCGAGAUAGCCGGACAGGAGGGCUAAUCCAAUAACAAAUCCUCGAAACACAGAACACAAAAACACACCCCAAUGAUUCAGAGACCCACAUAGACACAAGACAGGAGCAACCCAUCUUUGGUUAAAUAAAUUUGUCCCGUAGUCGCAUUAAA